AUGACAAGGUAUAUAAUAAAUCGCUGUGUUGUUUGCGUAAGUGAUAAAGCUCAAACUGAAAAUAACAUCAUGGGUGAACUUCCACCUCCACGAGUCUCUCCUUCAAGACAAUUUUCUCAUACGGGUAUUGAUUAUGCCGGGCCAUUUAUGGUAAGAAACAAUUCUGGUCGUGGAUCGAAAUCCCAUAAAACUUGGAUCGCUAUUUUUGUGUGUCUUUCAAUUAAAGCGAUACAUCUAGAAUUAGUUCAUGAUUAUUCGACACCAACGUUUUUGGCAGCUUUCAGGCGCUUCACAUCUCGACGCGGAAUUCCAAGUGACAUUUAUAGCAAUAAUGGCACAAAUUUUCGUGGUGCCGAUCGUGAGCUUUCGAAGACCUUUCAAUCUCUUAAGAAGGAUUCAGAUCUGGUAAAUUGUUUUGCGUCAGAUGGAACAACUUGGCACUUCAUGCCACCUAUAGCUCCGAAUUUUGGUGGCCUAUGGGAGGCUGGUGUCAAGAGUGUUAAAACUCAUUUGCGAAAAAUAUUGUUAAAUUCGACGCCAACUGCUGAAGAACUGACUACGUUACUUUCCCAAAUUGAGAGUUGCUUAAAUUCUCGACCGUUAGUCGCGAUUAAUGACGAUCCAGAAAGUCUCGAUGUUCUUACACCGGGUCAUUUUUUAAUAGGUUCGGCCUUGAAAAUUGUACCUUCUCCGUCGCUUUUGAAUGUAAACACUAAUUACUUGACUCGUUGGCAAUUUUAUCAACGUAUUUUAGAGACAUUUUGGAGGUCAUGGAGUAGAGUUUAUUUACAGACCUUGCAACAACGAGUCAAGUGGUUCUUGAAAAAACCUAAUCUAAGAAUUGGCGACAUAGUUUUAUUAAAAAAUGCGAAUUCUCCACCUGCGAAGUGGGAUUUAGCACGUGUGAUCAAAUGUAUAUUUGGACGAGAUGGUGUUGUACGUGUAGUACACGUUAAAACUAGUAAAUCGGAAUAUGUUCGACCGAUUUGA